AUGUCAGGCAUUGACAAUAAUGGUCCUCUAGCAUUACUAGGAACCAAUCAACUACUGAAAGGGGAAGGAAAUUUAGGGCAGCAAAAAGCUUCAUGUCACGUGUCAACAAUGUGCAAGCAUUCGCUGCUGAUCAUGAACAGAGUGCCUUGCAAAGGAAAGAUAGUUGGGGGCAGCAGAGGACCUUUCUUAUUGAGAGGGGCGAUAAUAUACUAA